GUGGUCUUCAAGGCCAUGAUAGUUAAAGACUCUCUCGUGUAUCCUUCAUGCCUUCCCCAAAAUAAGACAAGAUUGGCCAGGCUGUGGAAAGUAUCCUAUGAAGGCUGGUUGAAGAUAGUGACUGGCUCCAUCUUAACGGCUUAUGUGAUCAUUUGUCUUGAUGAUGGGAUGGUGCUGAUGAGCAAGCAGGUGCCACCAAGGUUUAUGUACCCCAAAGAGUGGCAGCACCUCACCAUGUUCAUCCUCCUCAUCCUCAAUGGCUGUGUAGAUGUCAUGAACAAGAACUUGCUACCUCAGAGGAAUGUGGUCCUGGAAAAAGGAACCCUGGUCCUGAGCUUCUAUGAGCUCCUGCUGCUGAUGGUGUCACAUAUUCACGGUUCAUCAGGGGUGGAGCUGCAAGUCCACUCUCUGCUCAUCUUGGUGGUGUUCCUGCUGAUGCUGGUGCUGACCGCACAGCUGUGGGCUCCCGACAUGUUUCACCUUUGGGUGAUGGAGACCUUUCUGUUUCUGAUGAUGGGCUCCUGGUUGAUGCAAGUGGGCUUUAUUCUAUACAGACCCAUCUCCGGCUACCCAUGGCAGGACAAUAACAUCAAUGACAUCAUGUUUGUCACCACCUUCUUCUGCUGGCAUUUGAUUAUGGAUGCCUUUUGCCUGUUGGGAAUCUAUGGCUUCUCUUCCUGUUGGCAUCAUUGUUACAGUCCCAACUUGAAUCUGACGACAUCCAAAGGAGCUCCACAGCACACAAGCACUUCAGGACCCCUCUACAAGUUGCUACAGGAAGUGGAGCAGUCAGAGAACGAUGACCAGGCUCUCCUUUCAACGAGCUCCACCUGAGACAGGGCCUACAAUGCCCGCACAUAGUGCACCCCAUCUUCCCCUGUGGGUUCUCUCAGCCAUGUGCAUGGCACCCUUUUUGGUCCCCAGUGAAGGUAAUGGCCCUGCAGGACAGCAGAUGGUCCCAAGUGUUGUUCCUGUCACUAAGUCUCUAGUUGCUGCAGAGGGAGAGUAGAACCUAAGAAAAUGACAUGGGUGAGAUUAUGCGGAUGAUAGGAAGUGGGAGAGCAGGAAGAGGCCCAAGGGAGUAGGUAUGUGUACAAAAAUAGCCCUGGUGGGAGAGAACAAUAGAAGGGA